GCAGAGGGCUUUGGCCAACUCUCCCCCUGUUUUUCUGUUCUGGCAGCAGCAGAUCCUCGGCUCGCAGGAUAUUAUGGGCAGAAAAACGGCAGAUUUACCCAAUGGGCAACAGCUGAACGUAGCCUGGUCCACACACUGUGUCUGAUAAUCCACUGCACGGAUCGAGACAGGGACACGGACCAGAUACUGGAUUAAGAACCACACUGUCACUCCUUCUGUGGAGUUUUUCUCAGAAGCAUGUGAGGAUGCAAUGUUCUAUGUGAGAACAUUCAUGGCCAAAUGUAGAGCGGCGGUGGCCGAGGAGAAGCAGCUUAGAGGCACAAUGUCAGCCUCUCAGGGGAUGAACCGCACCGGCACCUACAACUACUUCCUCAACAUGGUGGCCUAUCAGAUCUGCUGCUGCUGUGGACCGGCUCCCUGCUCACUCUGCUGUGCCUUCUGUCCUCCAGUGAAAUCAUCCACGUCCACUCGGGUCAUGUACACUCUGUUCCACAUCAUGAGCUGUGCUGUGUCCUGCCUCAUGUUGUCCCAAACGGUCUCAGAACUCGUCAGGGAAAAUGUGCCUUUCUUCAACAUGGUGUGUGAUCAGGCUCACGGUGGAGGACACUGUGAGAUGCUGGUGGGAUAUUCAGCCGUUUACAGAGUCUGCUUCGGGACGUCCUGCUUCUAUCUGAUGAUGGCUGUGUUCCUCAUUGACGUCAAGUCCAGUCAGGACUUCAGAGCCCUGAUUCACAACGGAUUCUGGUUCCUGAAGUUCAUCACAUUGCUUGGGAUGUGUACAGCAGCCUUCUUCAUCCCGACAGAGUCCUUCCUCCAUGCAUGGCAUUACGUCGGCGUAGUAGGAGGUUUUGCCUUUAUCCUCAUCCAGCUCAUCCUCAUCACUGCUUUCGCCCACACGUGGAACAAGAACUGGCUGACAGGUGCAGCAGAAAACAAGCGCUGGUAUCUGGCUGUGAUGUGUGCAACUCUCUUCUUCUACACCAUCGCCACCAUGGCCUUCACCUUCAUGUACAAAUACUACACUCACCCCAUCGCCUGCCACUUCAACAAAGGCCUGCUGUGGGUCAACCUGGGACUGUGCGCCUUCAUGUCCUUCAUCGCCGUCACUCCAUGUGUCAAACAGAAACAGCCUCGUUCUGGGCUCCUUCAGGCCUCCAUCAUCAGCUGUUACGUCAUGUACCUGACCUUCUCUGCUCUGUCCAGCCGACCACCAGAAAAAAUUACAUACCAGGGCACAAACAUGACGGUGUGUUACCCCAGUGUGAAAAAAGACGGGAUCCAGAAUGAAGGAAACGCUGUGGCCAUCAUUGGAGCUGCCAUCAUGUAUUGCUGUGUCCUCUUUGCAUGUAACGAGGCAUCAUACCUGGCCGAGGUGUUCGGUCCAUUCUGGAUGAUAAAAGUUUAUCGUUAUGAGUUUCAGAAAGCCACCUGCUGCUUCUGCUGCCCUGAGGAGGAGGAAGUGGAGGAGGAGUUUGUGAUCGACAAUGAAAACAAAGGUUGUCAGAAGGUGAUCCAUAACGAGACACAGAGAGUUGCUUACAGCUACUUCUUUUUCCACUUUGUCUUCUUCUUGGCUUCGCUGUACGUCAUGAUGACGCUCACCAACUGGUUCAGUUAUGAGUCGGCGGUGCUGGAGACCACCUUCACUCACGGCAGCUGGUCCACAUUCUGGGUCAAGAUGUCAUCGUGUUGGGCCUGCGUGGCCUUGUACCUCUGGCUCCUGCUCGGUCCGUUGUGCAGCUGUCAGUCAGAGUCUAGACCACGACGCUCCCGCAUCAAGCGCCGCUCCACUUCAUCCCGUCACAUGACCGUCAGCGUGUGAGGAGGUCACAUGACUCAGAGACAUACUGCUGUGAGACUGAUCAAACGCCACGUUAAACCACGAGUUGACUGUGAAAUUUGCCAAAGUGGUCUAAAGGUGGCGGUGAAACAAUGUGAAGGACUGUUUGUACUCUGUAAUGUUAGACAGGCCACCUCCACUGUGAAUGGUUCAACUGAAAACAUGGACUUUAAACAAACAAAAGCUGAUGGCACUUUUAGGGGGGAAAAAAUGCAGAAACUGGAAAUGACUGCAUGCAGUUAUAUUUAACUGAAGUUAACUUUAUUUUUUGUUUUGCUAUUUCCUGACUUUUUAUUUUCUUGUGAAAGCUCAAAAACCUGUGAGAAAAAGUUAAAAGUAUGAUGCAAAAAGUCUUAAAAGACUUAUAUUAUAAAUAUGCCCCUCAAAAACUUUCAACAAAUCCAACAGAUAAUGAGUGUGUUUUAAAGACAUCUAAAUUGAAAUAUUUGAUUAGAGUUGAUGCUUCGACAAACACACUGACCCGUGGAAGCCGCUGCUCAGACGUCUGUUCUGGUUUCUGGGUCUCAGAGCAGGAUUAAGGGGCCAUGGAGGAAACUUCUGGGUUGGCUUUUUCUGGUAUUAUGAAGGUGGUUCAUUUCUUACCAGGUAAAUGUCCAUGGAGAUAGUGGAUCAAUCUGUCUAAAAGCACCGCCCACUGAGCAUCCAAAAUCCAUGAUAGAUUACGGAUUCUUGAUAGAUUAUUCUGACUCCAUGGAUCUUAGAG